AUGGCUUUGGCAACAUACAUAGAUGGACAAACGCCAUUUCCUGAGUUCAGUGUUGUGGUGAUGUUGGAUGAUGUGCAAAUAACGUAUUAUGACUCAGCCACAUGGAAAACUGUCUAUCGCUCUCACAGUGAAUCAAAAUAUUACGAUGAAGAGCAAAGGGAUGCUGGUGUUGUAUUUCAAUAUAUAUAUAACAACCUGAAAAAUUGGGAAUUACAUUGUAAGGAUCAAUUAAAUAACACAGAUCACACAGGUGUACAUGUUACUCAGAGACUUGUUGGAUGUGAAUUAUUGAACAAUGAUGAACCAGGUUUGUUUAAGUCUUGGGAUGCUUUUGAUGGACAAAAUAUUGGGGAUCUCACAUUUGACAUGGAAAAAAAUGAAAUCCACAACACAAUGCAAUGGGGAAUAGCAUGGGAGCAAGGAAAACAGCUUCAUGUAAAGUACGUUCUUCAAAAUGUUUAUCACCCUAUUUGCAUUAAAACCUUGCGGAGGUACCUGAACAUGGAAAAGAACAAUGUCAUGAGAAAAGUGAAGCCCAGAGUCAGACUCAUGAAGAAGACACUCUCAGACUCUCAAGGGCUUCAGAUCAGCUGUCUGGCCACUGGUUUUUACCCCCGUCACAUUAACCUGACCCUGUUCAAAGAUGGUCAGCCUGUGGAUGAUGAUCAGAUCACAAGAGGAGAGAUUCUGCCCAACGGAGACGGAACGUACCAGAUGAGGAAGAGUUUGGUGAUCAGUGAAGAAGAGCUACGUGAGGAACAUAAAUACAACUGCACAAUGAAGCAUCUCAAUCUGGACAACAAACUGGACUUUACAUUUGAUGUGGCUGAAUCUGACCCAGGAUCAUCUUCGCAGUCUGUAGUUUUCAGUGUGCUGGUGUUCAUGUGUGUGGUUCUUUUCAUCAUAACUGCACUCAUCAUAUGGAGGAAGAGACGAGCUGCUGGACAAGGAUCUGAGACAUCACACAGUAAAUACUCGCCUACUCCAUGUUCUCACUCACUGAUGGCUUUGGCAACAUAUAUAGUUGGACAAACACAAUUUCCCGAGUUUAGUGUUGUGGUGAUGCUGGAUGAUGUGCAAAUAGCGUAUUAUGACUCAACCACGUGGAAACCUGUCUAUCGCUCUCACAGUGAAUCAAAAUAUUACGAUGAAGAGCAAAGUGAUGCUGGUGUUGUAUUGCGUGAUAUGUAUUAUGACAUGAAAGAUCGAGCCUUUUAUCUUAAGGAGCACCAAAAUCACACAGACGGUGUACAUGUUCAUCAGAGACUUGUUGGAUGUGAACUGUUGAACAGCAAUAAACCAGGUCAACUUCAUUACUGGGAUGCUUUCGGUGGACAAAAUAUGGAGGAGUUUAUUUUUGAUGUAGGAAAACACGCUAUCCAGAUAAAAAUGCCGUGGGUGAUAACAUGGGACCAACUAAAACGGGUUCAUGAAAACUUUAUGUAUGAAAAUGUUUAUCAUCCUAUUUGCAUUAAAACUUUGAGAAGGUACCUGAAUAUGGAGAAGAACAAUGUGCUGAGAAAAGUGAAGCCCAGAGUCAGACUCAUGAAGAAGACACUCUCAGACUCUCAAGGGCUUCAGAUCAGCUGUCUGGCCACUGGUUUUUACCCCCGUCACAUUAACCUGACCCUGUUCAGAGAUGGUCAGCCUGUGGAUGAUGAUCAGAUCACAGGAGGAGAGAUUCUGCCCAACGGAGACGGAACGUACCAGAUGAGGAAGAGUUUGGUGAUCAGUGAAGAAGAACUACGUGAGGAACAUAAAUACAACUGCACAAUGAAGCACCUCAGUCUGGACAACAAACUGGACAUUAUUUUUGAUGUGGCUGAAUCUGACCCAGGAUCCUUCAGUCAGUCUGUAGUUUUCAGUGUGCUGGUGUUCAUGUGUGUGGCUGUUGUCAUCAUAACUGCACUCAUCAUAUGGAGGAAGAGACGAGCUGCUGAACGAGGCUCUGAGGCAUCACAGAGUAAAUACUCCCUUACUCCAUCUUCUGUGGAUGAUGGAAAAGAAUCUAUGUAAGGCAUCCAAUUAAAAGUCAAGGGCAAUACAUGCAUACAGU